AUGUCUGCAGAAGCUUCUCAGCAACUGACGAACCCCGAGAUUCUGCUCGGCAUCCUCUCCACCCUGCAACGUCUCGAGGCACAUUUCGCGAAUCAAGAUGAAUCCCCUGCCACGAAGCUGCCCAUGGAGUACUGCAAAGAAGCAGAGUAUCAAUCGUGCGUGAACCAGCUGCGAAACCGCUUCGAGUUCGACAGUCGCAUCGACCUUGAGCCGUGCGACCAAGCACCACCCCGAGAGGAUACGCAAGACUCGGUCUACUCCAUGUCUGUCUACUCCUCACGACCACUGUCUCGGUUCGAAUUGGAUACGAUGCUGGCGCCCCAGCCCUUGAACAUCAUCCCAGUUGAGAUGUAUGAGCCCAUCUAUCACCCCGAAACAGACGUCGAAUCUUGUGCUAGCGGGCUGCCUGGAAGAUACUCUCUGUCUGGUAGCUCUGCUGCAGAGUCGAAAUCAAGCAGCCAGCAUUCGGCAGAGUCAACUGCCACCACCAUGACCACACCCACUUCCAUUGGAAGCAAGCACUCGCUUGAGCCCUUGGAGUUGCCUGCUCGUGCCUAUCACGGACUCAAGACGACAUGGAAGCGCUCUCUAUCACUGAGAUCAAAGCUCGCACGGCAGCCGGAAGCCGAAAGACGGUCCAUCGAAAGCAUUGUGGAGGUCGCUGAGCCGUCUAAUGACUCAGCUCAGGUGCCCCGGGCAUGGACGAUGGUCAAGACAAAAGCAGAGGGCCUGUCCAUCAUGACGACAAAGUUUAUCACGCAUGCAGGCCGGCUCAUGAUGGAGCAACAAUUGAAGAAGCUUGAUAAUUAG